CAUCAACGCCACCGCCUCGCGGGAAGGUACGUACGUAUGCAGGUGAUGGAAAAAUCCGUAAGCUUUUGCAGCCACUUUUUCUGUGACGAUGACGAUGCUUGGGAACAAUGUUGGGUGCAGCGCAACGGUACAACUUCAGGUUCGUGCGGCACGCGCGGGACGCGCCGCUGGUGUCCUACUACAACUACAUCAUCGUGGGCGGCGGCACGGCGGGCUGCCCGCUGGCGGCCACGCUGUCGGAGCACUCGCGCGUGCUCCUCCUGGAGCGGGGCGGCCUCCCCUACGGCAACCGCAACGUGUCCAGCGAGUACCACUUCGCCGACGCGCUGGCCGACACCUCCCCGCUGUCACCGGCGCAGCGCUUCGUCUCCGAGGACGGCGUCGUCAACGCCCGCGCGCGCGUGCUCGGCGGCGGGAGCUGCCUCAACGCCGGCUUCUACACCCGCGCCAGCAGCGGCUACGUGGGCGCCGCCGGCUGGGACCACCGCCUCGUCAACGCGUCCUACCGCUGGGUGGAGCGCGCGCUCGUGUUCCGCCCGGGCGUGCCGCGGUGGCAGUGCGCGCUGCGGGAGGGACUCAUCGAGGCUGGCAUCACGCCCGACAACGGCUACACGCUCGAGCACGUCCCCGGGACCAAGAUCGGCGGCACCAUCUUCGACAGGAGGGGCCGCCGCCACACCGCCGCCGACUUCCUCCGGAAAGCCCACCCCAGGCGCCUCACCGUCUUCCUGCACGCCACCGUCUCACGGGUCCUCUUCAGGCGUGUUGAGGGGGUGGCGAACCCUGUGGCGUACGGUGUGGUGUUCACGGACCCGGUGGGCGUGCAGCACCACGUGUACCUGCGGCGGGGAGGCGCCAAGAACGAGGUGAUCCUGGCGGCGGGGACGCUGGGGAGCCCGCAGCUGCUGAUGCUGAGCGGCGUCGGCCCGCGGCUGCACCUGGAGAAGCACGGCAUCCGCACCGUCCAUGACCAGCCGGGCGUCGGGCAGGGCGUGGCCGACAACCCCAUGAACUCGGUGUUCGUGCCGUCCCCCAUCCCCGUCGCGCACUCCCUCGUCCAGGUCGUCGGCGUCACCCGCUUCGGCAGCUUCAUCGAGGGCGUCAGCGGCUCGCAGUUCGGCAUCCCGCUCCACGGCCGCGGCGCCGCCCGCCGCGCCGCCCGAAACUUCGGCAUGUUCUCGCCCAUGACUGGGCAGCUGGGCACGGUCCCGCCGAGGGAGCGGACGCCGGAGGCGAUGCGGCGCGCGGCGGAGGUGAUGCGGCGGCUGGACAGGCGCGCGUUCCGCGGCGGCUUCAUCCUGGAGAAGAUCCUUGGCCCGCUGUCGACGGGGCACAUCGAGCUGCGGUCGACGGACGCGCACGCGAACCCGGCGGUGACCUUCAACUACUUCCGGGACCCGCGGGACGUGGAGCGGUGCGUGCGGGGCAUCGAGGCCAUCCAGCGGGUGGUGCGGUCGCGGGCCUUCUCCCGCUUCACCUACGCCAACCACACCGCCAUGGAGGCCGUCUUCCGCCGCGCCGCCGGGACGGCAUACUUCCCGGUGAACCUGCUGCCGCGGCACCCCAGGGACACGCGCCCGCUGCACCAGUACUGCAGGGAGACGGUGAUGACCAUCUGGCACUACCACGGCGGGUGCCACGUCGGGGGCGUCGUGGACAGGGACUACCGAGUCAUCGGCGUCCGGGGGCUGCGCGUCAUCGACAGCUCCACCUUCAAGUACUCGCCGGGCACCAACCCGCAGGCCACUGUCAUGAUGCUCGGCAGGUACAUGGGGCUGAGAAUUCUGAAGGAGCGGUGGAUCAGGAAGGGAGCCGAGGACAAGCAUUAGUUCACUUAUCCAGAUAGCAUCAGUUCUUGCCGAGACUGUUUUGUAUAAUUUGUAGGUUAUAGUGUUAUAUACGCAUGUCAUUUGUUGGGAUAA